AUUAGAAACAGGUGGCAGCACGCGUCAGGGGCUUUGGCCGUCCCGUCGUAUGGAUGGUGAACUUUGAGGAACGAGGGCGGCGAUCCCGUUUAGUGGGUUCUUUGGGGGUUUAUGGGUGAAUGCUUGGUAGAGUUCUGUGUCCCCAAAAUAUGCAUAAUCGAGUUGAGUCACUACGAUCCAUGGUCUGGGAAUUGCAUCAAAUCCCUCAGUUGCUAUGAUCGGUGUUGUAUUAGGGACGAUAUCACUGUUAAUUGCACUCAAAGAACAUUUUUGAUCAUUGAUGAACUUUUAAAAUGUGCAAGAGUCUUAUACUUUCAUCCUCACCCUGCUCCCGUUUGUAAACAAACCCAUUCUCAUUCCCCUCUGAAUGGUCAGAGGAUCGCCAUCUUGGAUAUAGUGUUCAUCCGCACUGAUAUGUUUCAUGAAUGGAGAAUUCUUUUACAUCCGAACACCCAUUAAAUCUUCAAAAAAUGAGUCAUUGCAAUUGAAAAAUACUUUUUAGUCAGUAUUAAAUUUUUAAUAUAUUCAUGUAAGGGUCGGCGUCCUGCUGAAACAGACAUAUUCCAAAUACUAUGGUUUUGGUGCGAAUAUCGAGCUUGGGCGUUCAGUGGAACGUCGGCUCGCAAAUGUCAGUGGUCGUCCAUGAAUUUUGUGACCAAAAAUGAAGAGUCAAAAACGAAGAUGGGGAUCCCGUAAGGAGGGGAUUUAUGUGAAACAUGACAGAGGGAUAUGAAGACGGCGGCAGCUUGGUACUAGUUCAGGCCCAGGUGAUGAUGCGGGACGACAGUAUGGGCGGCUGGCUGCCCAUGGGCGGCUGGGGACUCUCCAAGGUCUCCGUCCGAAAGCGACACCCUCGCUAUGAACACGUCAAUGCCGAUCACCCCAAGACCGAGUACAUCAUCUUCGGCAAGCGCAUCAACGACGGGGUGUCCGUACUAAACUGCACAAUCAAGAAGGACUUUGUGUACCACAAGGUGAUGCCGACAUUCCACCACUGGAAGACUGGCGAGAAGAAAUUCGGCCUCACCUUUCAGACGGCUGCCGACGCGCGAGCAUUCGACCGCGGCGUGCGUCAGGCUGUGCAGGACCUCCUAGACGGUCUGUCCGACUCGGACUCGUCUCCGCUGUACGUCACUCCGCCACCGCCGCACGACCGACCGCCGCCGCCACCGCCGCCGCUGCACGGCCGACCCCCGCCGCCACCGCCUCCCUCGGUCACCCGGCCAGAUCUCGGAGACAAUGAUGUGUUCAUGACGCUGGAGUUGCCGGUGGACCGGUACGACAGCCGCUCCUCCUCCGACUCGUCCGUGUCGCGACAGACGGCCGCCUCGCCGCAGUCGGCGCUGCUCCACCGCAUGGCGUUCGGCCCGACGGCGGCAGCGGCCGUGCCGGCGGCCGGCGGCGGCGGCGGCUCGGCGCCUCCCACCGGCCCGCUGUCGGACGAGAGCGCUGCCUCCGAGUACCCGUACGUGCAGUUCGCGCGCGACCGGCCCUCCAAGCACGAGUACAGCUACCCGGCCAUGGAGGACCUGGUCAAGCAGAAGGAGCUGCUGAAGCGCAACGCCGAGACGAUGCACCUGACGCAGCCGCCGCUGCCCAAGAGCGGCAAGCGCCGGGUGGAGACUCGGCGGCCGCUGCCGCGCCGCUGUCGCCACUGCCAGGAGCCGUACGACGAGGAGUCGAACGGGCGCGGCCAGUGCGAGUACGCUCCGGACCCGGUGCGGAGCUGCCUGGAGGCGGUCACCUGUCUGCCGGCCGCCCAGUGCAUGCUCUACCACUGCUGCGCCGACUCGGAGGGCGACUUUGGCAGCGGGCCGUGCGCGUGCGCGCCGCGCGAGGAGCGCUGCGCGCGCCGGUGGCUGGGCCUCACCCUGCUGUCGGCGCUGCUGCCCUGUCUGUGCUGCUACCCCCUGGUGGCCGGCUGCUACCGACUCUGCCGGCGCUGUCACGCCUGCGGCGGAAGCACGGGCCCUCUACGCACCCGUAGUGAAUACACACACACACACUGAUUAUGCGCACGGAAAGGAGAACCAGCCCACCGGCCGCCUGGCUACUGCCGGCGCGCGCUCCCGCAAGUCGGGCGCGCACAUACAUUCUAUGUUUGAACAAUGCGAUAUAUGGAUAGAGCGUAUAUGCCGAACCGAGUGCGGUUUUUUGUCGAGUGUUGACGCCGACCGCCGCCGGGCCGCCGCCGCUGUCACCGAUUUUUAUAAGUCACGCGUGUGCUGCUCGUCAUCCAAAGGGAUCCCAAUGUCUCUAGGGCUCAGGGGACAUUGUGACGCUCUUUGGAAGCUGUCUGCAUUUGGUUCUGUGUUUGACGGUGGACGCUGCGCGUGUAUAUGAAUGUGAUAUAUGGCGGGCGGCGGCGGCCGGCGGCGCGCGCGCGCGCAUACACGCUCUCCGCACGACGCCAGUGUUAUAUUGCUGGGAAAGAGAGCGAACGUGAGCGAGAGCGAGAGAGAGCGAGCGAGCAAGACGAACGUGAGAGUGUCACUUGAGACACGGAGAGGCGAGGGCAGGCGCCCGUACCCGGCCCGUGCCCGAUGGGCACGGCCGCACGGCUCGCGCGCUGUAGGCUCGGGCAAGCUUUACCUUGGGCUGCGGAGAUUGUCGGGCCGUUUCCAGUGUGUGGGAAUUUUUGCGGGCGCGUGCGCCUGGCCGGCCCCCGCAGUCGCCGCGCGGCGUGCGCCGUUUUUUAGUCGUGACAUGUGUCGCCAGUGGAGUCGCGCCCGCGUGCGCACACACAACGUUGUAAUGUAAUCCUCAUCUUUGUGAACUGGACUCAUCGCUGCUGUCAUUUGUUCCUAAAUACAUGCCGCUUAACACCCGCA